AUGAUUGAACCGAUGGUGCGAUCAAAAAUGCCGAAUGUUAAACGCUGCAAAUUGGAGGAAAUUGAUGCCGAUACGACAGAUGAUUCACAUCGUCAUUACCCUUCUGGGAGUUUUACCAAGAAACAAAGAACCAACACCGUGUUCGUGGCAAAUGCUGAUAAGGAAGCCUGUUUUAUCGACUACGAAAACGUCGUUAACGCUUGGUGCACCGGAGGAGUUCCCUGUACCCCUACCGAUUUGAAGUCGAGUUCAGGUUUGUGGAAGAAAGAGAAUGAUACCGAUAUGAUUACGAACAUAAAGAAGCGCAAAAGCCCAUUUUGUGAUAGGGAAUCCGUAUCGAAGAAACAGAGUAUGGAAGUGAAGGUGGGUGAAAUGUACACAAGUUCAUCUAGUUCUGCAACUUCAAUCGGUGAAAUUGUGUGGGCAAAAUGCUCGAAUAGGUUUCCAGCUUGGCCAGCUAUUGUGAUCGAUGCACAACAAGAAGCUCCUGUAUCUGUAAAGAAAGCCCGCAUUCCAAACACUGCUUGUGUUAUGUUUUAUGGGUAUUCAAAAAGAGGAACAAGGGAUUAUGCAUGGGUGAAAGACGGAAUGAUAUUUCCUUUUUUGGAGUAUUUAGACAGAUUUCAGGGACAAACUCAAUUGUACGGAUGCAAGCCAGAUGAUUUUCGUAAGGCAAUAGAAGAAGCAUACUUUAUUGAAAAUGGGAAUUUGAAUUCCGGCUAUGAGGACAAACAAGAAUGUUCAAGUGAUUCCGAUUCCGCUUCCGCUUCUGAUUCCGACUCCGAAUCUGAUUCGGAUUCCGAUUCUGAACCCUAUUUGGAUUCCGAUUCCGAUCUUGUUGAGAUCGAAGUGGGAACUGCUACAGAACGUCAUCUUAAAUAUUUCAAAAGUAAAAAGAUUGUUUAUAAUCAGAAAGAGGAGCAACCUUGUGAGAGCUGUGGUUUGAUUUUUCCAAUUGAAACAAUGAAUAAAGCUUUGUGUGAGCGUUGUACUCCAAAGGUUAAUAAGAAUAUCAUUACAGAAUGCAAAAGUCAACCUUCUGUUGACCAAUUAGCUGUAGAUAAAUCCCCACCAAAACUCCGCAGAUCAACAGAAAAUAAUGCUCAAAGUACAUUGCCUGAUAAAAUAAGCGUCAUCUGUAACAACAUGGAAGGGAUUUAUUAUCCAAAUCUUCAUUUAGUUGAGUGUAAAUGUGGUUCAUGUGGGACAAGAAAACAAACCCCAUCUGAAUGGGAACGCCAUACUGGUUCCAGAGCAAAAAAGUGGAAAGUCAGCAUUAAAGUCAAGGGUUCAAUGUUACCCCUCGAAAAAAUGCUUGCAGAUAAUAACGUUCAUUAUGUUAAGUCUUCUCCUUUAGAUGAACAACAGUUAUUUUCAUUUCUUCAAGAGAAGUAUGAACCUAUUCAUGCAAAAUGGACAACUGAAAGAUGUGCUAUAUGUAGAUGGGAUGAAGAUUAUGAUAUCAACAAAAUUAUCAUCUGCAACAGGUGUCAGAUAGCUGUGCAUCAAGAAUGUUAUGGAGUUAGAGAUGUCCAUGACUUCACAUCUUGGGUUUGUAGGGCAUGUGAAACACCUGAAAUUGAAAGAGAAUGUUGUUUAUGUCCUGUUAAAGGUGGGGCUAUGAAGCCAAGUGAUAUAGAACCAUUGUGGGUCCACGUCAUCUGUGCAUGGUUUAGACCUGAAAUUGCUUUUUUAAGUGAUGAAAAAAUGGAACCUGCAACUGGGCUUUUAAGGAUUCCACCUGAUUCAUUUGUAAAGGCCUGUGUAAUUUGCAAGCAAGUUCAUGGUUCUUGCAUACAGUGUUGCAAAUGUGCCACUUUCUUUCAUGCUAUGUGCGCUUCACGUGCUGGAUACUGUGUUGAACUGCAUUCGUCUGAGAAAGGUGGGAUUUACAACACCAAAUGGACAACAUACUGUGCUAUCCACAGAACACCAGCAGACAAUGGGAUUGUGAUCAGGACUUCAUCAGAGGUGUUUUGUGCAACAGGAUUGCUUCAGAAACAGAAUCAAAAACAGAGUUUUAGAGGCUCAAGACUCGUGUCAUGUGCAAAUGUAAAUCUUUCUACUUCUUCAACAUCAGAGAACAAUGAGUUUGAGCCUCUAUCUGCUGCCAGGUGUCGCAUUUAUACAACAUCAUCCACCAAGAAUGAUGUAAAGGAAGCGUUAUUUCACCGAGUUAUGGGCCCAAUUCAGCAUCCUGUAGAUGCCAUCGAUUCCUUAACUUCCAACAGUGAAGUUCAAGAUUUGAAUUCGUGUUCUACAUUCAAGGAAAGACUCGACGGUUUAAAGAGAAUGGAAAAACAUCGCGUCUGUUUUGGUAAAUCUGGAAUACAUGGGUGGGGCCUGUUUGCACGUAGGAAGAUACAAGAAGGAGAAAUGGUUCUUGAAUACCGGGGUGAGCAGGUGAGGCGCAGUGUCGCAGAUUUGAGAGAGGUCAAAUAUAGAUCUCAAGGGAAAGAUUGCUAUUUGUUUAAGAUUAGUGAGGAUAUUGUAAUUGAUGCCACAAAUAAGGGUAAUAUGGCACGCUUAAUUAACCAUUCGUGUAUGCCGAAUUGCUAUGCUAGGAUUUUGAGUAUGGGUGAGGAGGAGAGCCGGAUAGUCCUCAUUGCUAAAAGCAAUGUUGCCGCUGGUGAUGAAUUGACGUAUGACUACAAAUUUGAUCAAGAUGAGCAAGAUGAAGUUAAAGUCCCUUGUUUAUGUAGAGCCUCCAAUUGUCGGAACUUCAUGAAUUAGUUACUAGUAUAUAACCAAAGUUUUUUUUUUUUUUUUUCUUUAUAGCAUGUAAAUUCUAGUCAUAUCUUCCAACGUUUUUCAUUCAAAUGAU